CGUCAAUGUGGUUACACGCGCGCAAGCAACAUGUCAGGCCUGGAAAAGCGACUCGUUCGUAAACUUGACUUCUUCAUCCUGUUGUAUUGCUGCGCGGCGUACUUUUUCAAUUAUCUUGAUCGCUCUGCUUUCGCAAAUGCUUAUGUUUCUGGGCUAAAAGAGUCCCUUAACCUCGAGGGCAAUCAAUACAGCGUUCUUCUUUCAAUGUUCACCGCAGGAAGCUGUGUUGGUCAGAUACCUCAUGCACUAAUUAUCCAGAAGGUCGCCCCUGGCUUCUGGCUGCCUUUUACACUAUUGAUAUGGUCUGGUUUGACCAUGUGCUCUGCGGCUUGCAAGACCUAUGCUCAGCUAUGCGUUGUCCGAUUCUUCCAGGGCUUCUUCGAAUCGAGUCUAUAUAGUGGCACAAUCUACGUUCUUGGUUCAUGGUACAAGCCCCUUGAGAUAGCGAAGCGGACGGCCAUCUUUACCGCUAUCGGUCAAAUCGGCAGUAUGUUUGCUGGAGUCAUGAUGACAGCAAUGAAUGAGAGUUUGAACGGGCAGACCUCAUUACGAGGUUGGCAGUGGGUUUUCAUUAUCAACGGAGCCAUGGGCAUUCCAUUUGGAAUCUUCGGCCUCAUGUUCUUCCCUAAUCUCCCCGAAUCGACCAAAGCGUCCUACCUCAGUAAAGAAGAGAUUCAGCUAGCACUCGAUCGUCUGCCGCAGAAGAAGGACUGGGGUCACACCAUUGGUCUUUUAUCGCUUGCUAAGCGCCUCUUCGCAGCACCGGAACUGUACAUACUUACCGCUUACUCCAUGAUUGGUUGCGCGCUAGAGGCGAUUGUACUGCAAGGACUCUUCCUUCUCUGGAUGAAGGUCCAUAUCACACAGUUUCCAUCUUAUGCCACGACAACUUACCCGUUAGGUAUUCAAGCUGUCUCAAUUGUAUCAAACAUCGGCGCCGGCUACAUUAUCGAUUUGACUAAUCGGCGCAUACCAAUGGUCAUUCUCGCCGGAGUUCUCCAGGUUCUUGGUGCCAUUCUUCUGCUGCUUCCAAAUUUGUCGACUGCCGGGACCUUCUUUGCGUUCUAUCUAUCCGGCACAUCGUAUAUCGUAAACCCCAUUUUGUACGGCUGGGCAAACGUCAUCUGCCAGCGGGGUGGCGAUGAUGCUGCACGAUCACUUAUCCUCUAUAUUAUGAGCCUGGUGCAAUCAGUGCUCUACACUUUCUGGGGUAUUGCACUGUAUCCCGCAACCGAUGCGCCGUACUGGAAGAAAGGCUACAUCACAAUGAUUGUGGUUGUUGUUGCGUUCUUUGGGGCGACAGCUGCAGUGCAAUGGCUGGAUCGAAGGUCGCAACGGGUUAACAUUGAGGCGGAGGAACGUGUCUCGAACGUGGACGAGAGGCCACAGGGUUGUUACGAAAAAGACUGACCGUAACGCAGCUAGGGCAGCUAGGAAGUGUAGAAGACAGCGAUAGCUGAUAAGAAUAGAACGUGAUGUCGCUCAUCAAGAUAGGUCGACAUUUGUUGCCUCCUCUAUUCUUCUACCUCAUCGGUUGAUGAUGAAAAGCUCCGUAUCGAGACCUAACAUUGCGUUAGGCUGGGAUGUGCGACUUCGCGAUAACUGUAUUGUGCUUUGGAUGCAGAAGAUAGGAUUGAGACAAGCAACUGCAGCAGUUCAGCGUAAAGAAAGUAAUGGAUGAUCUGGGUCGUUGCGAACUUGUCGAG